AUGCCCUUCUCAUCAACCCCCGAGGUGCCUGCAACACCGCUUGCAGAUUACUUCUGGAUUGCCGGUGUGGACGGUACAGAGGUCCUCGACACUUUUCGAAGGCUGGGCGAUGAAUACAGGGCGAACAGUGCCACGUCCCCCGGUCCGGCUCUCACGGAUACUAUCGAGGAAGAUGCGGAUGCGGAGGAGGCCCACGACCCCCGUCUGGAUGCGCUGUCCCGACCUACCUCGACCCUUCCCGGCCGCAACUCCUUCCAGCGAUUCUCCAUGCGCUCGGGGGACUCUGCAGAGUCCAAUGCGAACGGAUCCAGUAGCAACCGAAGCAGUUUGACCAUCAAGGGUGCCCCGUCGCCGCGGGGGUCCUCGUUUCUGGAGGACUUUGAUUUCGACAAGGCGCUGCUGAAGUUCGCCUCCGAGCGCGAGACCUUCCUGUCCGAUCUCAGUCUCAGCGCCGGCGCCAUCACUCCGGCUUCGCGCCCCCGGUCCCGGUUACGCACCCAGAAGAUCACCUCGGACGAAACUCCUUCACAGCCAGCAAGCUUACUCCGAUCGGGUAUCGGUAGUGUCCGGCGCCACAUGGCCUUCCGCGAUAUGAACAGUAUGAAGCGACAGCCGUCGGUGGCUCGUCAAGCUUCCAUUCGCACCUCGCGACGACUCAGUAACUAUAAUUCAGUCAUCCCUGCCCCACAACCUCUAGAAUUCUCCUCAACGAUGCAUCCGCUGAAGCGGAGAUUUGAGCCCGUCCUUCUCGAUCGAUAUCCCACUAAGGGCGUACCGGACGAGUUGAAGCAGCGCUGCAAUUUUCCAGACUACGUGCCUAUGUUCGCGUUCCCGAACGACAUCAAUAUCGUCUCGUCCGACCAGCGACCGCGCUCGACAUGGCACGGGUUCACCAUGACCACCGAUAAUGGUUCGCGAUUGCACGCCAUCUGCGUCAUCAUCUGGAUCCCGCUCAACCAACGGGCGGCCGAAGAGCUGGAGCAACGCUGCGAGGAAUGGCGCAAGGAGAACAUGACGGACGAGGAACGGGAGUUGGCGGCGAGUCUCGGGGAACGGCUGGCCUCCGAGCGCGCCAAAUUGUCGAGGCUCCUGGCCCAGCUCCCCACCGUUCCGUCCGGGUCGGAGUCGCGCGAGCAAUUGGAAGAUGACAUCAGCGCGGUAGAGGAGAAAAUCGGGCUGAUGACCGAUCUCCUGCGGCCCGUCCGCCAUGGGGCGGCGUCCAAGAUUGAGGGGCUGACCGACGGCGAAACCGGCUUCUGGAUCCCCCGCGCGUACGGCAUCCUCGGCCGGGAAGAGACCAUGACGAGCUUCUGGAAGGAGUGGCUGAAGGCCAUCAUCGUCCCUAUGACGGACGGGACCAUCCAGCGGGUGCCUCCCAGCUCUCCGCGGAUGGGUCUCUGGCAACCCUUGGAGCGGUACGUGAUGAACCUGUGCACCGAGGCCUUCAGCCCCACCUCCUCCAAAACGCAGGUCGAACUGGCGGUGCGGGAGCUGCGGCUCUUUGCGCGCAAGGAGGCGGUUAACGAGCUGCCGGGCUCGCGCAACACGGACCUGUACGCCCUGUUCCGGACACUCUCCCUGUCCAACAUCAUGAUCCUGUUCGAGUACGCGUUGACGGAAUCCCGCAUCAUUUUCCUCUCGUCUCACACAUCGAUGCUCUACCUGGCCACUCGGGCUCUCGUCGAUCUGCUCUUCCCGCUGCAGUGGGCCGGGGUACUAAUCCCCGUGCUGCCGGCACGGUUGAUCCAGGCCCUGGAGGCUCCCUGUCCGUACAUUGUGGGUAUUGAGCGGCGGUAUGAAAAGGUCGAACUCCCCUCGGAUGACUUUGUCCUGGUGGAUUUGGAUGCCGACCUGAUCGAAAGUACGGUGCGGCCGACGCCCCUGCCCCGUCAUCAGCGCCGGAAGCUUCUGUCACUGCUCCAGCUGGCUGCGCCCCACCACAAUCGAUGCGCCGUCCCCACUGGGCCUCCCGCCUAUGCCGUGGAGACCUUCCCCUUUGACGCCUUCAUGUCCGAGAAUCCCGCCAUCUUCACUGCCAAAGCCCACUCCACACAGCUCGCCAAGUACGUCAGUCUCAACUCGAGCGCGUUUGGCCAAUCGUCCGUGGGCCUCACCAGUCAACCGCCGCUUAUUUUCAACGCGUUCCUGCAUGCGCGCCAUGAGCAAGCCGUCUCCCGCGGGUUCUCAUCCAAGGGCUCCGACCGGCCGGGCACGGGUUCGACCUCCAAGACCGGAUCGCCGCCGUCUCCCAGGGACAACUCGCCUACCUCGGGGCACUUCCCGCAUGGCUCGCGGAACGAUUCCGGCAUGGCGCUCCAGGCCUCCCUGCGCGAAAAGCGCUCGGGUCAUUUCGACGCCGCGUCGCGCCGCAGCUCCUCGUUCGGCAUGGAGAUGCGGCCGGGGGGGCCCCGGCGGCCCAGUGCUCCGUUCCUAGGGCAUGCGCCCAACCUGUCGGUCACGACGCUGAACACCGACUACAACCCGGGCUCCACCUAUGCUCCGUCGGUGUAUGCGCAGUCGACGGUGGCGGCCUCCACGAUCGUGCCGCAGUCCGUUGCGCAACCCAUUCAGAAUGCGGAGGGGACCUGCUGGGUCGAGGGGCAUUGCCUGCAAGUGGUUCCCUGCGACGACAAGGCGGUCUGUGCGGUGUGCGACGAACGAGCGGAGGACGGUAUGUACCGGUGCACCGCAUGUAAGACAUUGGUCCACAAUCGGUGCGCCUUGCAGAUCUGCCUGGUCUGCCCGUCGGCCUUCCAUCCCGAGCAGAUCCGCGCCGCCUUUGUGCGGUGUUUCGCCAGCUUGUUCUACACCUACAAGAAGUUCCUGCAGCCCGCGUCGGGCGACAAGAAGAAAGCGGGUCUCACGUAUAGUUUCAAUAUGGAAUCCUUCCUCAAAAGCUUACCCAGCGAGCAUGCGGAGUACAUUGCGGUCUUGCAACACACCCAAGGCUUCAAUGAGUUUAUCGGGGAACGAGAGCGGGUGAACCCCAAGGCCAAAGACCCGCGGAUGGCGCUGUUCGAUGAGAUUGUUCUGUCGAAGCGGAAUCGGGGUCGCUCGUCGUUGUUUUCUGGUCGCAGCAUGACGGAUUUCCUGUCGGAUACGUCGAACCACCUCUGGCGCACGGCCAGUGCUACCUCGUUUGCUGGGAGCAGUCGGGGCGGCCAGCAGACACUGUCGGGAGACUACACCCGCAUUGUUACUCGAGCUCCGGCCAAGCUGGAUACCAGCCUUAUGAAGGAACCCCGCAUGAUCAACGGGGCGCCCCGAGUGUCAAAAGCGGCCAACAACGCUCGCCGCAAGCCGCUUCCGAAUCUGAUGAAUGGCCUUGCGAUCUCACCUCCUUGA